AUGGUGAUAGCCUCACUAGCCUCCAGUAUCCCUCCAACGCUGCUUCUUGCUGCUUGUUGGCCCAACAUGCGGUUCUUCGCUGGCAUCGCUUCCUUCUUGCUGUCCGUCGCGGCAGCUCAAACCUUCAGCAACAGGCUGAUCUUUGAUCCUCCGACCAACUACACGGAUCCCCAGGUCCUCUAUGCCCGGCCCCUCCAGCUCUCUGACGGCAAUCUGCUGGCCACUUGGGAGAACUACUCUCCCGAGCCUCCUCAGGUGUAUUUCCCCAUUGUCAAGAGCGCCAAUGGUGGGCAAACCUGGAAGGAGAUCGCCCGCGUCAGGGAUACUCAGAACGGCUGGGGUUUGAGGUAUCAGCCAUUCUUGUACCAGCUUCCCGAGGAUAUUGGUGACUUCAAGAAGGGCACUGUCCUCCUCUCCGGCAGCAGCAUUCCUACCGAUCUGAACCAGACUCUGAUUGAGGUUUAUGCUAGUCGGGAUAAGGGACGUACCUGGGAGUUCGUCAGCCACGUUGCUGCUGGUGGCGAAGCUCGGCCCGAGCAUGGUCUUACUCCGGUUUGGGAGCCUUUUCUGAUGACGUACAAGAAGGAGCUCGUUCUGUACUACUCUGACCAGCGAGACAACGCGACUCACUCCCAGAAGCUUGUCCACCAGACCUCGAAGGACCUCCGCACCUGGUCCAGCGUGGUUGACGACGUCAAGUACGAGGACUACUUUGCCCGCCCUGGCAUGCCCAUCGUUGCCAAGCUCCCCAACGGAAAGUACUUCUACGUCUACGAGUACGGCGGUGGCCCUGGUCGCCCUAACUACUGGUUCCCCGUCUACUACCGCAUUUCCUCCGACCCUCUGGAUUUCAUCAACGCCGAGCACGUCCCUCUGAUCUUGCAAGACGGAACCCAGCCCGCCGGCUCGCCCUACGUCGUCUGGAGCUCUUACGGUGGCAAGAACGGUACCAUUGUUGUCAGCAGCGGCACUGCUGGCGAGAUCUUCACCAACCAAGCUCUUGGAGACCCUAGUGCAUGGAAGAAGUGGACGGUGCCCCAGCCUGCUGCGUACACUCGGGCUCUCUUGGUUCUUAAGAAGAACCCUGACCUGCUGAUGAUUAUGGGAGCUGGCAUCCUGCCCCCUGCAAAUGGCCAGAACACGGUUACCAGCAGUGUUGUCAGACUGUCCAAGAUUAUGAAGCAGUAA